AGAGCAGUGCACGAGGAAUGGCUUUGGUUUAUUUAGAACGUGGAAAGUCAGAAAAAGAAUACAAACUGCUUCGAACCGUUGAGUGAGUGCCAGGGGUAGUUCACUGAGUUGUGGGUGUUGUUGCAGUCUCAAGCCCGGCUGUUGCAGCCACUAUGAGAGUUGUUAUUUGGGUUAUCUGGGAGCUUCAUAUUUUCUACAGUGCCAUCCACGAGUCUUAUGGGGCGCCCUUAUUUAGAGACAAGGGGGAUUGGUUGAAAGUUCAGCAGUAUGUUAAGUCCAGUAUUGCCGCUGCUAGGACAUCCUUGCCUAAUGAUGGAUUUGUCCUUAGGAGUGGAGAGGAUUCCACCUUUAAUCAACAUAAAAGAUUAGAGUCAGAUGAGGAAGGAAGUGUUGGGCUGGACCAGCAGUUAAGUGUAUCUACCAUCUACACUAAAAUUGUUGCUGAUAAUGACGACAGCAAAGUGAGCAGCGGUGAUACUACUACUACAGUGAGCGGUAGUAGCAUAUGGGACAGUAAGGAUGACAGCAGAGGUGGUGAAUACAGUGGAAAUAGAGAUGAUGCCAGAAAGGACAUAAAUGACAGCAGGACAUUUGGAGAGACUGAUUUGCUGGAGGUUAAUACGAGUCCAGCGGACCCACAACCAUGCCUGUCAGAUGACACCCUUGGUGCUGUACACAGCCAAGCUCAAAGAGAGCACAGUCAAUUCCACUUGCCCAGAGUAGCUGAAAGGGCAGCAUCACUCUCAAAAAAACCUCCGUCUCCGCAUGAGGAACAAAAAGAAUAUGAAAAUAUGUUAAAAACUUUGCUAGUCCAUCCUUCAGUGCAGAGGAUGGCAAAUAGACAAGUCAGGGACCUGUCCAGGAUUAUGGCUCUCGUGGCUCAUGAUCAACAGAACUUGCCUACAAAUGGGGCUGUUGACCAAGUGGAGGAGGAAUUCCCAGAAAAGUUUUUUGAGAGAUUAAACUCUCUGAGAGAAAAGGUAUUUGAUUUAGCUGAAAAAAUAGAAAAGUUGAAGAAGUCGGCUGGUGAUAUGCAGAUGACGGUGAAUGAGCUGCAAGAUGACUCAAAGCCCCUUCUUCUGCUAUAUAAUCUCCUGAAAAUUGAAUCAGCAGGUAUUAUCAGCACCAAGAAUUUGACGUCACACUUUGGUAAGGUGGGUUAUGAAAUAGAGACCUCAUCUUCCUCCUCCAAUGAGGGAAAUAUGAAUUCCUCGGUUGAAACUGAUGACCAUGAAUCAUUUACUCACAUGCUUAAUUUCUUUAGAGAUACACAAGCAGAAAGAAACAAAGAGCAUACAGUAGGUAAAGAGUUAUCAUAUAGUGUUGCCCCACCAGCAGGUGGUGAUCAAAAUGUUGCUACAGCAGCAAUGAUACACAGUAAUGAUGAUAUAAAUUUAUCGGUGGGACAGAUUGAUAAAUUAAAAGAAUUUUUGUUGAAGAUAAAUGUUAGUCAAGAUGGCCAUGAAGACACUAUAAUGAAUCUCUAUCAUGAUAUAGAAGAUUCACACCUGUCCUUGAGUCGCCUGAGGGAGCUGUUGAUGCAACAAGAUAAAAUACACCGAAGCAAACUUAUCACUGAAGAAACUGAUAAGACAAGCGUACCAUUGCUCCCUACCUCAACACUGGAUGCUGCAGAGUAUACUGUUGCUUCUGAUACGGAUGCUGCAGAGUAUACUGUUACUUCUGAUAUGGAUGCUGGAGACUAUACUGUUGCUUCUGAUAUGGAUGCUGCAGACUAUACUGUUGCUUCUGAUAUGGAUGCUGCAGAGUAUACUGUUACUUCUGAUAUGGAUGCUGGAGAGUAUACUGUUGCUUCUGAUAUGGACGCUGCAGAGUAUACUGUUACUUCUGAUAUGGAUGCUGCAGACUAUAAUUUUGUUGCUAAUAAGGAUGCAAUCACUACGCCAGCAACAGCAAUGACUACCCUGAAUCCUCCCACACCUCAAGAUGACAUCUGGAACCUUGCCUUACAACGAGCUGCCACUGGAGAGAAUACAAGUUUCUCCAACUCGUCAAAAGCACUGGCCACACUGAAGCCUACUGCAACUGUAGACAUUUCAGAAUUUUAUGAUUUGGAGCCUUCUAAUUUCAAGACGAAUUUGGCCACCUUGUCUACAAAUUUUUCGACAUCACAAAUGCUGGUGACUUCAGAGCCUUCUGUUACUGUAAAGCAGAAAAGUCUGCCCUCUCCAUUACAAGACUUCCCGCUCACCAUCUCUCACCCUGGUGUCACUGUAGAGCAGAAAAGUCUGCCAUCUCCAUUACAAGACCUGUCCAUGUUGCACCCUAUUAUCACCAUAGACGAUACAAGCCUGUUUAGUUUAUCUAGAGAACAAACAACAGAGAUCAACUCCACAGUGCCUGCAAUUGAUGUGGCUGUAAGCACUUCUGGUAGGACCUUUGGCACUACUUUGCAUGGUGUCACUAAUUCAACACCACCUUCCAUCUUGGAAGGGACACUCCCACCCAGCACACACAAGGAGACAGCCAGCAAGGUUGCACAGGAGACGUCAGAGGGUUACCAUGACCAUACAAUUUUGCUAAUAGCUCUGUUGGUGGCUGGAUUGAGCUGUCUAAUGUUGGUGAUUGGAAUCACAGUGUUAUGCCGUGUCCAUCGGAAAAAGAAACGAAGAGAGCAAGUGUGUCCUCGGUACCGGCAACCUCGCUACACUAGCUACACACACUCCGAAAGGUAGCACUUGCCUAUGCAGUCCUGUCAGAAGUGAUCUUUUCAUCUAGUUUUAUGCCUCUAAUUCAUAUAUCUUGUGAUGUCGGGUAUAAUAGUUUUCAUAACCUAUAAUACAAAAUUUCCUGUUUAUGGUUUGUUGAUACAGUACAAGUAAAAUGAAGACCAAAGCUGCAUGUCUACAAAUUUACAUUAAAAUUGUGAAUACUUCUGAGACUAAGUUUCUUGUUUAAAUUGCAGCAUAUUUAGAAGGUUGUGUAAAAAUGCGUGUUCCUAUCAAUAAUAAGUAAUUAGGAUAUAUUACUUAAAAUUUUCAUUAUGAAUGUUACAAACUAAGUAGCUUCUUAUGAAUCUUUAUCAUUAAGACUUUAUUUUUAUAUUAGGCUUUAAGUUGACAUUUAAACACUAACAAUUUCUAGGUUUUGUAAAAAUUUGGCAAGUAUAAAAUUGUUUUUCACAUUCAGCAUGAAAAUGAAAGUUUUAUCAAUUAGAGGUUAAUUUAUACAAAUUUAAUUUUAUUAAUUAAUUAAAACUUAAAUUUAACAUUGUUUUGUUUAAAAUAAAUAUGCAGCUACAUUACCAGUCUAAUACUGUGUAUACAUUUUGUGGUUUAUGAAGUUUAAUAUUGUAAUUGAAGGAAUGUUUCAUGAAAUUUAUUCUUACUUAUUUAGGCUGUUGAAUUCUCCCACACUUUAAUUUUAUUUAAAAACAAGUCACAAUCAUCUCAGUCUUAUCAAGGUGUGCAGCUUAAACAAAUCUUUAGAAUGGAAUGAACUGUAAUUUGGUUUUAGUGCUUAAAGGACGUUGAUAAAUAUAAGGGCAAAAUAAUGGCAUGCAUAAAAUGAAAAAUAUUAAAAUUAGAUACAUAGCAUACAGAUUUUUUUUUAAAUUCUAAUUAAACAAUUGAUAAUUGGAGAUAUUUAAAAGAUUUUCUUUAAUUUGUGAAUAUAAUUUGCAAUUGUUGGAAUACAAGUAACUAGAAUCAUCCAGUGUUAAUGUUACUAUUUAAAUGCCAUUGUCAAUAUUGAAUACUUUUACAUACAGAUUCAUAUAUUUGUAUAAUAGCAGUAUUUGCCUGAAGUAGAUCCUGCAGCUGAUACCUUGGCCAUUGUAUAUAAAACUCUUGAAAUUAUUUAUUCAAGAUUAUGAAGGGAGUAAUCAUGUUUAACACCAGGCUAAAAAGUAUCUCAAACUGUUUAAAUAUCAUGUGCAGGUGACAAAAGGACUUGGAUAAGAUUUGAAUAUCAUUCAUGUAUUAUCCUGGCAGGUUUCUUCCUUCAUGAAACAUGUACUAGAGCUUUAUAUAGAGAGAGAUCUUGUUUCAUAUAAGAGAAAAUGUCUGUUGGUUUGUCCAAAGUUGGAGGCCAGCCUCACUGGACUGGGGCCUCACCGGACUUUGCAGGGAAAAUUGUUUGCGGGUAUAUAAUAGUCAUGGUCAGACUAAGUUAAAUACUUUAUAAAAUAUCAGUGUGUAACCCCCCCCUCCCCAACCCAUGCAAUUAUUUUGAAGUCUGAUUUGAAAUCAGAGAUGUGUUUUCAGUAGUUUACCACACAUUUUCGUGAUUUACUAGAAAACGAUGAACAGAAUUCAUUUGGUUUAGUGAUGAAAAUAGUGAGUACGGAAGAUGGUACUGUAUAUAUAUUGUGAAGAUAAUAUUUAGUGGAAAUGUAAGAGGGGACAGGGGGGUGAAAUAGGGGGUACCUCUCUAUCUCUUGAAGGGUUGAGGAAUCAAUGUUCCUGUAGCUCAGUCUCUGACCAGGCUUCAUAGUUUCUGGUCUGAUCCACUAGGCUGUUUGAUGCAGCUACUCGCAGCCUGAUGUAUGGGUCACAGCUUGGUUGA